GCCGCGAGCCGGCUGCCAGUAUAAACUUGGCGCUGUCAUCAAUAUAUCCGCCGCAGUAACCGCCUUCCACUUUUUUCCUCCUAACAUAUGUAAUUGAAGCGCCCUUGACAGCGGCUGAUUGAAGGUGUCAUUACCGUUGGAUGAACGCUGGAUUAAUAAACCCGGCGCUCCGUGGAGUGUGCUGUAAUUUUCCCGCGGGAUGACAAAACAAUUCCGCCGAGCUGACGCAUGCGAUUAUUAUUAAUUCACCGUUAUCAUCGGUAAGAAGCGGCAAGAAAGUAAGAAUGCCCAGCCGGCGAGUUUCGUUCUCGGUGAAGAAUAAUGCGGUGGCGCCGGUUAAUGGCGAGAAGGAUUCGGUGGCCUCGGAGGACAGCGGCAUCCACACCAGCGAGAUAAAAAUGACCGAAAUAGUGGUGCCGGUGGUGGUUAAGCCGGAUCCCGGUAAACGGCGCUCCACGGUGCAGAGCGAGACUGGCCAGAUGACCAAGGAUUUCCGCCAGUUCACCGAUAAUAACGCCUCGGUGCAGCGCAAGCGAGUGUUCAAGCUGUUCGUCAUAUUGGCCAUUCCCAUGCUGGUUGUCUUCAUACAGUGCGGCCUGAUUAUCAAUAAAGCCGUCAACAUCCAGUCGCUGACCACAACUACGAACGAAGGCAUCGUGGCCAGUCUGGACAUCGGGCGGCUGGUCAGCAGUUUGCAGCGGGAGCGCGGCAUGACCAGCAUCUUCCUCAGCUUUCGCGAUGCGGUGGCGUGGCGCGAAGUACAAUCCUACCGCAACGAGACGGCGGCCAUCGUGGCGCAGAUGGGCCGGUGGCGCGGCCGGCAGGCCGACGGCUUCCCCUUCGACACCGUCGCCAACUUCCGACAGCGGCUGCAGGAACAGCGCGCCCGCCUGGACGCCGGAUUGGUCUCCUCGCUGGAAUCCUUGCGCUGGUACACCAACAUCACCACAACGCUGAUCAAGUGGGUCAGCAGGGAGAUUUACAUGGGCGGGGACAGCGACGGACAGCUGUGGCAGUACUUUGUCUCCUACGAACUCAUGCUACUUAACAAGGACUGCGUCGGCUUGCAGCGUGCCUUGGGCGGGGUGUUCUUUGCGAAGGGCUUUUUCGCCGCCGACGAAAAUCGCUGGUUUCAAGAGAACAACAUCCGCGCGGACAUCUUCUUAGAUUCCUCGCUGCACUAUUCCAACCGAACAAACCGCUUAUACCGGCGCUUAAAAGAUGAGCAGCAGCCCCUGAUCAAGACUCUUGAGCAGCAGCAGCAGCUGAUGCGCGCCAUCUCCAACCUAUCCCACGCCGGCAACACCUCCAUCAAUAACACCACCGAGAUCCUGGCGGGACCGGAAGCCUCGCAGAUGACGGGACCGGCGGCGGUGCUGCACGAUUGUGCCAAGCAUGACGUCAGUGGUGAGCGUGAGUGUGCAGGUGCCCUAACAUUUCAGAGAUGGUUCGCCAAUAUGACCACCUACAUGAACCGCGUCAUCGGUGUCAUCGAGAUCGACCUCACCUCCUACAUUCGGGAGCAACUUGGAGUACAGCUGUCAACGGCCAGCGCCGAGUUCCACCAGGCCAUCGGUCUCAUGGUCUUCAUCAGCGUGACCUGCCCACUGCUGUGCGUGUGGUACGUGUAUUCAGCGAACAAGAUCGCCACCACCAUCAGCACAUACGCCACCCACCUCUCGGAAAAAACAGCGGAGUUGUCCUUUGAGAAGAAGCGCACCGAGCACCUCUUGUAUCAGAUGCUGCCGCCCUCGGUAGCCGACAAAUUACGCCACAACAAACAGGUCCCGGCAGAGCAUUUCGACGCUGUCACUAUCUAUUUCUCCGAUAUUGUCGACUUUACACAGCUCUUCGCAGACAGCCCGCCACUCCAUGUGAUCGAGUUCCUCAACCUUCUGUACACCAUGUUCGACGCGCAGAUGGAUCGAUUCGACGUGUACAAGGUGGAGACGAUCGGUGACGCAUACAUGGUGGCGAGCGGUCUGCCGGUGCGUAAUGGCAACCGGCACGCCGGAGAGAUCGGUCGCAUGGGACUUUCGCUAUUGCAACUAGUCUGGGACUUCUCCAUUCCGCACCAGGAUCCGGCGCGGAAACUGUUGCUGCGGAUUGGCAUGCAUACCGGUCCGUGUGUGGCCGGUGUUAUCGGACUGAAGAUGCCACGCUACUGUUUAUUCGGCGACACUGUCAACACGGCAUCCCGAAUGGAGUCGCGGGGAUACCCACUACGCAUCCACAUGAGCGACUCGGCCAAACUGGCGUUGGAUGCCACCGGAGGAUUUGAGUGCGCCAGUCGCGGCAAUAUUGACGUCAAGGGCAAAGGCAUCAUGCACACGUGGUGGCUGAUUGGGCACGACACCGUAGACUUCCGGGUCAAUCUGGAUGAAACGCAGCGCAUCUACGAAGACGUCCUGGCCACGGGCGGCUUCUCCAGUCAUCACUAAGGCGCAGUUUUGCCAAUCCUUUUUCCUACCAACACAUCUGUGAUAGCCAUACAUUUCGUGAUAAAAUUGAUUUAUUCCCUCGCCGACCUACCGAAUGUUUAUGCUGAAGGACUUUCCCAACCUUGGCAGUCUGAAUAAAAACUGCGUCUCGGAAAGAUGAAUCGU